AUCAAUCAUCAACCUACCAUUGUUAGGGUUUAACCCAAACCAGACCUUUCCCUCCCUUCACUCUCCUUCUCUCAAACUCACACACACCCCAUUUUCCACAAUUCAAUUCAACUAACCACCAAUUCUUCAAUUCCUAACCACACUGUGCUGUUCUUGUCUCUGAUUCUCUCAAUUGAAUUUCACUCUUCUGCUUCUCCUCCUCCUCCAUUUCAAUGGCCAGAGGCCCUGCCUCCUCUCUCUUCCAUCUAUGCACCCGCAAGAGAACCCUUUCAAGGUUCAAAGCUCUUCUCUUCAACCACUCACACCCUUCACCUUCACAGUUUCACCCGGUUCGACCCUUUUCGACCCAUUUGCAGAACCGGCGCUUUUUACCGAGCUUCCAUCAAAGUUUGAAUCUUUCCGGCGGUAGAACCAACCCCACGAGGCCGUUUUCCACAGAUGGCGAGGAGGGUGAUGGGACCGUGACCCCGGAUAGCGAUUUCGAUGCGGAUUUUGGUAAGAAUGCUGAUUUUGAGCUUGGGAAUGAGGUUAAUGAUGGUGUUUGUGCUUUAUCUGAUAAUGUAGAUGCUGCGAAUGAUGGUAAUGAUGAAUGUAGUAAUGAGAUUGUUGAGUCUGUAGAAUUUUGUAAUGGUAGUGAUAGUGAGGAAGGUGGUGAAUUGGUGAGGGAGAGUCAGGAGUUUGUGCAUGUGGCGUCGCGUGAUCCUGUCGAAUUGUACCGGGAGCUUGUGAGUGUUGAAAAGGGUGUAAAGCUGAAUCGAUACGACGUGGAAUCCCUGCAGGAAGUGUUCCGUUGUUUGGCUGAAUCAGGUUGGGCAUCCAACCAGGCCCUUGCUAUUUACAUUGGUUUGUCAUUUUUCCCUACUGCUGUGCACAAGUUCCGGAACUUUUAUUUGAAGAAAUGUCCUGCUGAUGUUACGAAGUACUUGUUGGCACUUGGACCAUCUGAUGCUGCUGUGAAGUUUCUGUUUCCUAUAUUUGUUGAGUUUUGUUUGGAGAAUUUUCCUGAUGAGAUCAAGAGGUUUAGGGGCAUGGUUGAGUCAGCUGACCUCACAAAGCCACACACUUGGUUCCCGUUUGCACGGGCCAUGAAACGGAAGAUAAUUUAUCAUUGUGGGCCUACCAAUAGUGGCAAAACUUAUAAUGCUUUGCAGCGAUUUAUGGAGGCAAAGAAGGGAAUUUAUUGCAGUCCGCUCAGAUUGUUGGCAAUGGAAGUUUUUGACAAGGUUAAUGCGAAGGGUGUUUAUUGCAGUCUACUAACUGGGCAAGAGAGGAAGCUUGUCCCCUUCUCAAAUCAUGUUGCCUGUACUGUGGAAAUGGUGUCAACACAGGAAUUGUAUGACGUGGCUAUUAUUGAUGAGAUUCAGAUGAUGGCGGAUCCUUAUAGGGGAUAUGCAUGGACAAGGGCUCUCCUUGGGUUGAAGGCUGAUGAGAUACAUGUAUGUGGUGAUCCUAGUGUUUUAGAUAUUGUUCGGAAGAUCUGUCAAGACACAGGAGAUCAGUUGUAUGAGCAACAUUAUGAGAGGUUCAAACCAUUGGUGGUGGAAGCUAAGACCCUACUUGGAAAUCUUCAAAAUAUUCGCUCUGGGGAUUGUGUUGUUGCAUUCUCAAGGAGAGAGAUAUUUGAGGUUAAAUUGGCCAUUGAGAAACAGACUAAACACCGUUGUUGUGUGAUAUAUGGUGCUUUGCCACCAGAAACUCGUAGACAGCAAGCUAAUCUGUUCAAUGAUCAGAAUAAUGAAUAUGAUGUUCUAGUAGCUAGUGAUGCAGUGGGGAUGGGCCUGAACCUUAACAUUAGAAGGGUGAUUUUUAAUAGCCUUUCAAAGUACAAUGGUGACAAAAUGGUUCAUGUUCCAGCGUCUCAGGUUAAGCAAAUUGCAGGAAGAGCUGGUCGGAGAGGAUGCCUUUAUCCUGAUGGUCUCGCCACUACCUUGCAUAUAGACGAUAUGGACUACCUGAUUGAGUGUUUGAAACAACCUUUUGAUAAUGUUAAGAAGGUGGGCCUUUUUCCUUUUUAUGAGCAGCUUGAAUUGUUUGCUGGGCAACUUCCCAAUAUGACAUUUAGCCAACUUUUGGAAAAAUUUGGUGAAAAUUGUCGUUUGGAUGGCUCAUACUACUUAUGUCGACAUGAUCACAUAAAGAAAAUUGCUAAUAUGUUAGAGAAGAUCCAGGGAUUAUCUUUAGAAGACCGUUUUAACUUCUGUUUUGCCCCUGUUAAUGUUAGAGACCCAAAAGCGAUGUAUCACUUGCUCAGAUUUGCUACAAAGUUUGGUCAGAAGCUCCCGGUCAGUAUAGCUAUGGGCAUGCCAACAUGUUCUGCACGGAAUGAUUCAGAACUCCUAGACCUUGAAACUAGGCAUCAGGUGUUAUCUAUGUAUUUGUGGUUGUCAAACCACUUCGAUGAGGAAACAUUUCCAUAUGUGAAGAAAGCUGAGACAAUGGCUUCAGACAUUGCUGACUUACUGGCUCAAUCUCUUAUCAAGGCUAACUGGAAACCUGAAUCAAGGAAUAAAGGUAAACCAAACACUGGAAGAAGUGAGGUACAAACAGAGUCAAGGAGUAAAGGCGUAUUAAAAACUGGAAAAAGUGAAGAACAAACUGAACCAAGGAGUGGAGCCAUAUUAAAAACAGAGAAAAAGAGUAAUGGUUAUUCAAUUCCACAGUCUCUUGUUAAGCCCCUGGCUGGCUAUGGAAGCAUGUUCUGUACUUCCCGUUGACUCAUCAUUGGGGCUUAUAACAUGAAUCGGCAUUAAAAUUCCUUACAGGCUAUAGCUUGAUCGUUCAAAGUCAAAUAAGGUAGCUGCAUAAUAUGAUGAGUUUGGAGGUAAUAAUCAACUACCACACAAUUUAACAACUUAUACCAGGGAAUUUCUUAAAUUCAUUUGGAACUUGUUUAAGCACAUCUGUGGCUAAGAGAAAGAAAAAAGGGACCUCCUUAUGAAUAUUGUGACAUCAAUAGAGGGGGAAAGCAGCUAGGGGCCAGGCAUUGUGCAUCUUGUUUGUUUUUGUUAAACCAAUUUGGGGCAUUGUUAUGCUGCUACAGGUAUAAUGUUUUUGGUACUCAAAUGUAGACUAGAAAUUUUGAUGAAUUGUGCUGGCCAAAUUUCUGAAAGGAAUCCCAUAAAGCAUUAUCUUUUUUUUUUUGUCAAUCCUAAGCCUAAACCAUAAAUCAUUACUAAGGAGGGAUGAUCCAGUGUUGAAUGCUUAGGCUGCAUCAUUAUUUUCAUUAGGGGUUGAUUACUAAGGAUGCUUGUGGGGUUGAGAAAUUAGGCAUGGAUAAAUUUACUCCUCUUCUUGCACAUUCUCUUUUGUGCCAAAUGUACCAUACUAUCUUUGACUUUUGUUAGGGAAUAGUUAGUUCUAUCUCCAAAAAUGCACUGACUCAAGCAUCGCUUUUGUAUUUUUUUAAAAUUAAAUUUAUUUUUCCUUUAAAAUAUGUAUUUUUUUCUAAAGUAA